GCCGUUAAUCUUAGCAUCACGCACUGAACACACUACUUCAUUUUCCCUUGCUCCGCUUAUUCGUUCCAGCGCAUUGACCAAUAGGUGUCGCCAAUUGUGGUCUUCAUUCAAUUACGUUUGCGAUUCCAGCCAGAAUGAGUUUGCCCAUCAAAUAUGGCGCUCGUGUCAAGUGUUUUCCUUUUAUACGUCGCUAUUUUACCUGCUAAAAAUUUGUGAAAAAAUUCAAUUAAUGUCAAAAAUCCGUUUGGGUUCUGCAAACAGUUAUGCAAAUGUACAAAUGUACAUAUGUAUGUGCAUUGCUAUAAGUAAUCAGUGCAGGAAGUCGCGUUGCUAUCGUCCCCAAAAAAAGGAAAAAAGAACUUCAACCUACAUUUCUGAGCAAUAAAAUAAUUUACCUUGUAAAUAUUUCAGCGCCAUGGUAAUUUUCGGUAUAAACACUCUUAAUUUUAAAUAAAUAUUAGCAUGAACCAAGCGCAAAGUAGGUACGAAAAACACGAAGCAAGGAAAUAUGCAGACGAAACGAAUGAAUGAUGGUUGGUGUUGGCACGCGAACUGCGCACCUUGCUGCGCCAAUUGGUGUCCUUCAACAUUUGAAACACCAGCGACUCAACCAGCCCACAAUUCCAUUUGGUGCAGAUUACAAAAUAACAAUUUCUACGUGUGCACAUUAAAACAAAACCAAAAAAAAAAAAACAAAAAGCUCGCACUACCAAUUCGUCUUAGCGCCGGUAGCGUGAAUAUACAAACGCAGAAUACAUACUUCAUAUUAAUAAAAAUACAUACAAACAUACAUAUAUAUAUAUAAAUAUAUAUACGUAGCAGCACUUGCCGCCAACGUCGUCCACCAUGUCAACUGAUAAGAUCAAAGUUGCUGUGAGGGUGCGACCCUUCAAUCGUCGCGAAAACGAGCUGGGCACAAAAUGCAUCGUGGAGAUGGACAAACAGCAGACAAUUCUGCAAAAUCCGCCAUCGCUAGACAAAUUGGAGAGGAAACCACCCAAGACAUUUGCAUUCGAUCAUUGCUUUUACUCUUUAAAUCCCGAAGAUCAGAAUUUCGCCUCACAAGAGACCGUAUUCGAUUGUGUGGGGCGUGAUAUACUCGAUAAUGCAUUCCAAGGUUAUAAUGCCUGCAUAUUUGCCUAUGGCCAAACGGGCUCUGGCAAAUCAUACACAAUGAUGGGUUCACUCGAAUCGAAAGGCAUCAUACCACGCCUUUGCGAUGAACUCUUCUCUGCCAUUGCCAAUAAGUCAACACAAGAUCUCAUGUAUAAAGUGGAAGUCUCCUAUAUGGAAAUCUAUAAUGAGAAAGUACAUGAUUUGCUCGAUCCCAAACCAAAUAAACAAUCGCUUAAGGUGCGUGAACACAAUGUAUUGGGUCCGUAUGUGGAUGGUUUGUCACAAUUGGCGGUAUCUUCAUACAAGGAUAUUGACAAUUUAAUGACGGAGGGUAAUAAAUCGCGUACAGUUGCUGCUACAAAUAUGAAUGCCGAGUCGUCACGUUCACAUGCCGUCUUCUCGGUGGUGCUAACACAGAUACUAACCGAUCAGGCGACCGGUGUGAGUGGUGAGAAAGUGUCACGUAUGUCGCUUGUGGAUUUGGCCGGUUCGGAGCGUGCGGUGAAGACUGGCGCAGUUGGCGAUCGUCUAAAGGAGGGUUCCAACAUAAAUAAAUCACUCACCACCUUGGGUUUGGUCAUCUCCAAGCUGGCCGAUCAGUCGAAUGGCAAGAAGGGUAGCAACGACAAAUUCGUACCCUAUCGUGACUCGGUACUCACAUGGCUGUUGAAGGAUAACUUGGGCGGUAACUCCAAAACCGUUAUGGUCGCCACAAUAUCACCAUCCGCAGAUAAUUAUGAAGAAACACUCUCCACGCUACGAUAUGCUGAUCGCGCCAAACGUAUCGUCAAUCAUGCAGUGGUCAAUGAGGAUCCAAAUGCACGUAUUAUACGUGAAUUGCGUUUGGAAGUGGAGGCGUUACGUAAUAUGUUGAAACAUGCGACCGGUUCGCCGGUGGGCGAUGUACAACGUGUGGAUAUACACGAUAAAUUAGCCGAAAGCGAGAAUUUGAUGAAACAAAUCUCACAAACGUGGGAGGAGAAACUGGUGAAAACCGAACGCAUACAAAAUGAACGUCAGCAAGCGCUCGAAAAGAUGGGUAUUAGCGUGCAGGCGAGCGGCAUUAAGGUCGAGAAGAAUAAAUAUUAUUUAGUCAAUUUGAAUGCUGAUCCGUCCUUGAAUGAGUUGUUGGUCUAUUAUUUAAAGGAGCGCACUUUAAUUGGCGGUCAUAGCAUUUCCGGCCAACAACCUGACAUACAACUAUCCGGCCUUGGUAUACAACCUGAACAUUGUGUAAUUGUUAUUGAAGAUGGUGGACUCUUUAUGGAACCCAUACAGGGUGCACGCUGUUUUGUAAAUGGCUCAGCAGUGCUGGAGAAGACGCCACUACUCAAUGGCGAUCGUAUUCUAUGGGGUAAUCAUCAUUUCUUCCGCGUUAAUUGUCCGAAAAGCGCUAAUGCCAAUAUGAUUUCGGAGCCACAGACUCCAGCACAGUUAAUUGAUUAUAAUUUUGCGCGUGAUGAGAUAAUGCAAAAUGAGCUGAGCAAUGAUCCCAUACAGACAGCCAUUGCCCGACUAGAGCGUCAACAUGAGGAAGACAAGCAGGUGGCUUUGGAGAAGCAGCGACAGGAGUACGAGCGACAAUUCCAACAAUUGCGUAAUACUUUAUCACCCAGCACACCGUACGCGCCCUACACGCCAUAUGAUCCCUUACGUUUGGGUAAAAUAACGCCGAACACACCUACAUCGCAAAUGCGUGUAGAGAAAUGGGCACAGGAACGUGAUGAGAUGUUUAAACGUUCGUUGGGUCAAUUGAAAAACGAUAUUAUGCGCGCCAAUGCAUUGGUGCAGGAGGCUAAUUUCCUUGCCGAGGAAAUGGAGAAGAAAACCAAAUUCUCAGUUACAUUGCAAAUACCGCCAGCAAAUUUGAGUCCAAAUAGGCGGCGCGGUGCUUUUGUCAGCGAACCAGCCAUUUUGGUUAAACGCAUCAAUUCCGGCAGUCAAAUUUGGACAAUGGAGAAAUUGGAAAAUAAAUUAAUUGAUAUGCGUGAAAUGUAUCAGGAGCACAAAGAGCGUAGUUUGAAUGGUUUGCCUGUCGUUGAAACAUACUCUGACGAUGAAGACAGCGAUGAGGAGAGUGAGAACUCCAAAUCGUUGGAUCCUUUCUACGAGUCGCAAGAGAACCACAAUCUUAUCGGCGUCGCUAAUAUAUUUCUUGAAGUACUCUUUCAUGAUGUUAAACUAGACUAUCACACACCCAUAAUCAGUCAGCAAGGUGAAGUUGCUGGUCGACUUCAAGUCGAAAUUCAACGUAUUGCUGGACAAAUGCCACAAGAUCGCAUGUGCGAAUCGAUUUCUGAGUCUUCAACUGAUUCACGCGAUGAGUACGAUGAUCCUGUCGAUCCCAUGUCCAAUCAAAUCACCUGUCGUGUCUCGAUCAAGAGUGCCACCGGCUUGCCACUCUCACUCUCCAAUUUCGUUUUCUGCCAGUAUACAUUUUGGGGUCAUCAAGAGACUGUGGUGCCCGUGAUUAACGCUGAAGCGCCAUCACACGAUCAAAAUAUGAUAUUUAAAUUUGAGCAUACUAAAGAUUUCACCGUAGCCAUUAAUGAAGAAUUCUUGGAGCACUGCAUUGAGGGUGCUUUGUCGAUUGAGGUUUGGGGUCACCGUAGUGCCGGUUUCUCCAAGACCAAGGGCUGGGAGGUGGAGCAACAGCAGGCUAAAGCGCGUUCGUUAGUCGAUCGUUGGGCGGAAUUGUCGCGCAAAAUUGAGCUGUGGGUAGAGAUACAUGAGUUGAAUGACAAUGGUGAAUAUUCACCCGUCGAAGUGACAAACCGCACUGAAGUGCUCACUGGUGGCAUAUAUCAGUUGCGUCAGGGCCAACAAAGACGGGUGAAUGUACGCGUGAAGCCAGUGCAAAACUCCGGCACAUUACCCAUAAUCUGUCAAUCCAUCGUGAACAUUGCAAUCGGUAGUAUUAGUGUGCGUUCACGGCUACAACGACCACUCGACUCGUAUCAAGAGGAAGAUCUAACAGUGUUGCGUGAGCGUUGGAGUGAAGCGCUUGGUCGCCGGCGCUCACAUCUUGACCAACAGAUACAGAAAUUAAUCAAGAAAGAGGAGAAGACCGAAGAAGAGCGUGAACGUGAAUUGAGUUUGGUGCAUCAGUGGGUCUCAUUGACCGAGGAGCGUAAUGCAGUUUUGGUACCGGCGCCAGGCUCGGGUAUACCCGGUGCGCCAGCCUCAUGGGAGCCACCGGCUGGCAUGGAACCACAUGUACCAGUGCUAUUCCUGGAUCUAAAUGCUGACGAUAUGUCUGCACAAAAUACCAAUGAUGAAUUCUCUGUUGCCGGUCAAAACUCGAUACUCUCCAAAGAACAUGGUCAUAAAUUCUAUACAUUACAAAUAUUGCAACAUCUCGAAAAGGAUGUCUGCUCAAUUGCCAGUUGGGACUCGUCCAUGCACGACAGUCAGGCUUUGAAUCGUGUUACCGAAGCAAAUGAGCGUGUCUACUUAAUACUGCGCACCACUGUGCGGCUCUCACAUCCAGCUCCAAUGGAUUUGGUGUUGCGCAAACGCAUUAGUAUAAAUAUUAAGAAAGGACCAAGUAUUACGGAUCGUUUGAAAAAAUUCCGUUUAGUGCGUGGCGAAAAUGCCAUAUUGCAGACGGGCGUCACAUAUGAAGUCGUCUCAAAUAUUCCAAAGGCAUCCGAAGAGUUGGAAGAUCGCGAAUCGUUGGCACAGCUCGCUGCAAGCGGUGAUGACUGCUCAGCAAGUGAUGGUGAAACUUACAUCGAAAAAUACACACGCGGCGUUUCAGCUGUCGAGAGCAUAUUAACGCUCGAUCGCUUACGUCAAAGCGUAGCCGUUAAAGAAUUGGAGACUGCGCAUGGCCAACCGCUAUCAAUGCGCAAGACUGUCAGUGUGCCCAACUUCUCACAGACGGUUAAAGAAACAACAACUGGAAGUCUUAUGCGUUUCGAUGCCUCAAUGGAAUCAUUGCUAAAUGUCGGACGCUCUGAAUCGUUUGCAGAUCUCAAUAAUCAAACAUUAAGCUCCAAAUUUCCAGCACACCCAGCCAUACGGGACUUUGGCACACGCAAUCGUCAUAGUUUUGGCGGCAAGGGCAGUAAUGAUGAGCCGCCGUGCAAACCAUUUGGCAUUGCUUCACCUGCUACCAGCAAGUUAUUGGGCAUGCGCAUGACCACAUUACACGAAGAACCGCUAGGCGUACAUCGUGCACUCGCCGAAGAGCCCGAAGAUAGCUACAGUGACUCGGAAUAUGGCACAGCCGAGUAUGAGCAGGAGAAGAAUCAGCAAAACAACUAUCACACGCGCUCACGACUCACCGCCUCGAAGACCAUGGACUCAUUCAUGGAUGUCAGCAAUCAUUCCAAUCAAAGCUACUUGAGUUACACAUCCACCGCUAAUGCGAAUAUGAAGCAUUUAACGGGUUUGGCUACGCCCAGCAUGAGUUCAUCCACAUCGAGCGGUUAUGGUUCGCAGGCGGUUUCGUGCAGCAAUUUGACAAAUGAUGAUAUCGCUUCUAUGCGUUCAAUGAGCAUUGACGAGACACCAGACUAUCAUUCAAAUUCACCACCCAAUCGGCAAGCGCGCUUCAAUCCAUUUUUAAAAGACAUGCCAAAAUCAUCUAAUGGUAAUAAACAACAACAACAACUACAGCAAUUACAAACAACGACAACAAUACCACAGAAAGUAUUGAUCGAAGAUGAAAACGAAGCAACGCAAGCACAGCCCAAAUCAACACCGGAAAGCGUAACAAACACAGUUGAAACAAAUGCAUUUAAUGACAAUGACGCCAACAGCACAAAAGCUGUAAAGCUGCCAAACACAACAACACAACCGAAAGCACAAUACAACGCUGCCAAUAAUGCUGAGGAAAUCAACGAGACAGCGGCGGCGACGGCGGCUGAUUAUGUGGCCAAUACCAUAAACGAUGAUGAUGUUGUUGAACUUAAAAACAACAACAAUAAUUGCCAGACAACAACAAAUGUAGCAGGCACACCAGCAACAAUGGGUGUAAUGGCAGCAACAACAACAACGUCAGCGUCAGCACCAGCACCAGCCAAGUUAAUUAACAAUCACGCCAACAGUGAGAAUAAUAAGAAUACAACAAAUACGGCCACAAAGGUAAUUAGUAACAACAUUGCUACAGACAAUCAAAAUGGCAAUGAUACGACACAACACAACACCAACAACACGACUAUAUUAUCGGAGGCUGAACAACAACCGUUAGAGGGUAAUGGCAUUGUACGCGGCCAACUGCCGGCUGGGAAGGUCGUACGCCGUAAAAAGACACCACCACAAGGUGGCAACACAAUGUCCAGUAGUGUUAUAUCAACCAACAAUAACAACAACAAUGGUGGCAGCGCGUCGCGUACACAGUUGCAGCGUGCUUCGGUAGCUCAAAUGGAAGGCAUUAUGACGUCAUCGAAUGAUCGAUUGAAUGCAUCGAUGUCGAGCAGCAUGGAACUGGAUGCAGAUAUUGAAGCUUCCCUUCCCGACUGGGUGCAAGUAGGCGAAUCAGUGCUCAUACGUCCAUACAAUACAAGUGGUGUGAUCAGCUAUAUUGGCAGUACACACUUUCAAGCUGGUACUUGGAUUGGCGUUGAGUUGGACACACCGACCGGCAAGAAUGACGGUACCGUACAGGGUAUGCAAUAUUUCCAAUGCAAACCCAAACAUGGCAUAUUCGUACGUUACGACAAAUUGAUAUUGGACAAACGCGGCAAAGCCAUGCGCGCCUACAAAGCGGAAAAGAGCAACAGCAAAGAAUUAAGCAUGACGCGCUCAAAGAGUCGUGGUGAGUCUUUGGCCAGCGUCGGUGGCGCAGCGUCGUCACGAAAAUGAUUAUAUCCAAAAUGUUCGCAUCAAAUGCACCGCUGGGCUAAUUGCAAGCAAUCAACAUUGGUGACAGCAACAGCAGCUACAGCCAAUGCAGGCAGGUUAGCUAACGCAACAACUGUAGCAGCUACAAAAGCAGCAGCAACAACAACAAACGCAACAGCAACAACCAAAUUAGCAGUAACACAUGUUAGAAGCAGCAUCGGCGCUGUUGCUGCACCAACGCGCACAUGCACAAAAUUGCGUGCAACCAGCACAGCAGCCGCAGCUGAGGUCGCGUCGGUGAGGGCUACGGCACAAGUCACCGGCGUCGAUGCGAACACGAGACGUUUCAAGCGACGCUCAACAGCAUUUUAAAGGCAACGCAGUAAAUGCAGCAACAACAAUAAUACAACAACAACAAAAGAACAAACAAACAAACAAAGAAAAGUACUUAAGUUGUAGUGCAGCAGGAGCAGCAGCAGCAGCAGAGAGAGAAAUGGCAGCGCUUGUUUGUGCGUUGGCUGCGUUGCUGAAAAUGCCGCGCGCAGCGUAUACGUGUUGAACGCUCCAGGAUAAAGCUAGAAAAUGAAAGAAAAGAAAAUAUAAAUAAAUUUAUAAUUAAACAAAACACAAAAUCCCCAAACACAUACAUAUAUAUACAGAAGGCAUAAAUGAAUAUGCAUAUAUAUGUACAUAUACGCAAUAACAAUUAACACCACAAACAAACGAAUUACAUACUUACAUACACUUAAAUAGAUACAUAAAUGCAUACAUACCUAAUGCGUGCAAUGGUGUAUGCACUUAAAUUACAUACAUAUUCAGUAUUUAAUAUUGCAAUACACACUUACAAUUCACCACACAUGUGUAUUUGUAAAUGUCAAAGCAAAAAAUACGAACACAUUGUACAGUCACAAUAUGUCCUUUAUUGUAUCCAUAUUUUAUUUGUAUUGUAUAUUACUCAUAUGUAUGUUGUAGUGUUAACACAUUCCCAAACUCCGCCCAACCCCAUU